AUGGGGCGCGACGCCCGAGGUCAAGCCGCGAAGACGGCGCCCGGGGAGCCGCGAUCGGCGCGCGCGAGCGCGGAGAAGAAGAAGAACCCCGCGGCGAGCUUCAUCGGCGGCGCGAGCGCUGGUUUAGUGUCCAGCGCGCUGUUGCAGCCGUUCGAGGUGGUGAAGACGAAGAUGCAAGCCGAAAAGCUGCGAGGCGCGCGCGGGAUGGUGAACGUCGCCGCGGACGUGGUCAAAACGAACGGGAUGAAAGGGCUCUGGAGCGGCGUCAGCGCGUCGUGCGUGCGAACCACCGCGGGGGCUGGGUUGUACUUCUUCUUGCUCGAGCGCGUGACGAGGGAGCUCGCGGCGAGUUUUAACAAGGAGAAAGCGACGCCGUUCGAACGCUCUGCGAUGACGUUCGGCGCUGGGUGCUCGGCGAGAAUGGUCGCGGCGGUGCUGCUGAACCCUAUAACCGUGGUGAAGACGCGGAUGGAAUACGCAGGGGCGAACGCGGGGGUGCGGCAAGGCAUGGUGGCUACGUUUGCGAGCGUGGCGCGGAAAGAGGGCGCCGGGGGGUUGUUUUCGGGGCUCGGAAGCACGGUCGCUCGAGAUGCGCCUUUCUCAGGGCUCAAUUUGUUGCUCUUCACCCAGACUCGGCAUUUGAUGCACGAAGUCGCGCGCAUGCAGAACCGCGAAGCCGGAGCGGCGGACACGUUCAUCGCCGGCGCGCUCGCGGGGGCGGGGGCUACGUUUCUCACGCACCCUCCCGAUGUCAUUCGUACCCGAGUUCAGCUCGGGCGAAUAAUGACGCAACAAAGCGGUAGCAAAAUGCCAGCCGUAUCACUGGCGAAAAUUCUCAGGGAAGAGGGUGUUCGCGCGCUGUGGGUCGGUUCGCUCCCUCGCGUAACGCGCAGAACGUUUCAGCAAGCCAUCACGUGGAGCAUGUUUGAUUUCGUCUCUCGCGCUUUGGGGGGGACGGACAUCUUUCAGCGUUAA